CCAAGCAGCUGUCAAGCGGUUGCAUUUACUUCUCCGGCUGACGUUCGCGCCAAUUAUUUUGAUUCACCGGACAUAAUUCGCUCUCCCUUCGCGUUAUAAGACAUGGACAAGAAGAAAAAAGAUUGUAAAUAUUGGGACAAGUGCUAUCAAAGAAAUGCAGAGCAUUGUGAAAAGUACAAUCAUCCGGCGGUAACGGCAGCCACUGCUCGGUCACCCAGGAAAAAAUCGAAAACACCAGAGCCCGUUUCACCAGGAAAGCCAGAUCGAAGAAGUCCUGAAAAACGCAGCCCCCGGAAUGACAGUGACGACUCAAGUGAUCGAAAGAAGUUUAAGAAGUCACCGGCAAGAACACCUACGCCAGAGAAGGUAGCAAAUCGUGACAGUUCACCCAGCCAUCUACAAGUGCCGGGAUCAAGCUCCCGCAAUUCGCCAUCUCCCAACAAAAGUCCCAAGCGUAGCCCUGCCCGUCGCAGCGUGAGUCCUAAGAAAACUGCAAAAUCUGCAGGACCAACCACCUCGCCUAAAGGGAAUGAAACCGGCUCUAAAGAGAGACACUCAGCUAAAUCGAAGUCACCUCAUUCGGAACGCAGGGAAAUAGACAAUUCUGAACUUUACAACGAAGUCAUGAGAAAUUUGGCAGGUGCACCACAGUACGAACCCGACGCUGUUCGCUACUCCCAAAAGGCGGAAUACAAGGAAUUGCUCAAAGAACCUGCCUUGUUCAUGCGGCACAUGUUUCUGGUCGAAAUGCCACCUGAUUUUUAUAAAUUCUGGGAGUUCUGCGAAACUCAGGCGAAAGCAGGGCAAAAGCCUCAAAAUUUGUUGGAGAAGCUUGGCUUGAUGUUGGUUGGUCCCUUUGAUUGUCUAGCAAAGAACUUUCACGAUGUAGAGAUCAGCGAGCCCGGUGAGUACUUACGGCACUGGCGGUUCUUUUACGACCCACCUGAAUUCCAGACAAUCUUUGUAAAGCAGAAGUCAGAAAUUCACUAUGGCUACUGGCGUGAUGACCCUAAGGACAAAGAGAAUCUUUUACUAGCACGAAACGAUGCAAAGAAAGGUUGCGAAUUCGAAUUUGUUGGCGGGAAUUGUUUCGAAACUGUAUUGUACUACUUAGACAAAGAUGCAGAUAUCACACCAUUCAACCGGCAAAUUGCCACUUCCUUGCGGAAAUCAUUGGAGCAGUUUGCACAGUCUAACGACAUUCCACUAACAGCCUUGAAAGAAUUGAAGAAAAAACGGGACCGGAAAGUUGUCUGCAAGACUUUCCAUCAUGCUGGCUUGGUCGUGCCAUUCGAUAGAAAAACGGAAUUGGGAUAUCGGGGAUUGAUUGACACAGAAGCGAAGCUAAAAAAAAUUUUAGCGCGUUUCGAUUUGGCCAAGGGCGAUGAGAAAUUAAUAGCGUCAGCCAUGGAGGAGUUACAGCCUUUUAUUACAGCGGCGAAUAUAGCUGUCGACGAGUGUGAUUUUGGGACAGCUAUCGAACUAGGAAUCGAUUUAUUCUGUUCGGGUCACAAGGAGGUGCAUGGUGCGGUGAAUGCUUUGCUGGUGACAGGGUAUUCGAUGGUCGAUCGUCCACAGUUUAUUGCUAUUAUGAAAACACAUCUCGAAAGAAGGCGAAAGGGUUCAGAUUUAAGUAUAUUUGCCUAAGGUAUAUUUUAAGUUUUUACAAAUACACGCUUGAGUUUCUAAAACAAA